AUGUCAUCGAUCGACAACACACCGCUUCGAACAAUCCUUGUCACUGGGGCCACCGGUCACCAAGGUGGAGCGUUGAUCGACGCUCUAGUUGCCGAACCUUCUUCAGCAAAGCAAUUCAGCAUUCUCGCCAUCACCCGCAAUGCCAACUCAUCUAGCGCAAGGAAACUCCUUUCAAAAUCGUCGAACAUCAAGAUUGUUCAAGGUGAUUUAGAUACACCUUCAAAGAUCUUUCAAGAUGCUAAAGCUCUAUCACCCGACGGGAAGAUUUGGGGAGUUUUUUCCAUGUUUGCCAAAGAAGAAAAACCUGCUUCAGCAGAAAAAUCUCAUGAAGUGAAACAAGGUUAUGAAUGGAUAGAUGAAUGUAUCAAAAAUCACGUUGAACACUUUGUUUACAGCUCAACUGAUAGAGGUGGAGAAAAGAGAUCAUGGGAAAAUCCAACUCCAAUCCCACAUUUCAAAACCAAAUAUCUUAUCGAACAACAUCUGUUCCAUUCCAUUGAAACCACAAAAUCCACUAUGAAAUGGGCGAUUUUCAGACCAACAAUGUUCUACGAGAACCUGGAACCAACGUACGAGAUCAAGAUGUUCAUGACAUUCUAUCGUGAUGUGAUGGGUAAUAAACCUGUCGGAUGGAUAGCUACUGAUGAUAUUGGUGUAUUCGCUUCUAAAGCUUUUCUUUAUCCUGAAGAAUAUCAAGGACGUGCAAUUACAUUAGCUGGAGAAGAAAUCACCAUGGAUCAGUUAAACCAAAUAUUCAUCAAUGUGACUGGUAAACCUGUACCUGUGACAUUUGGCUUUAUGGGAUCACUCAUGCGUGUAUUCGCUAAACAUUAUGCUAUAAUGGUAGAUUGGAUGAAAGAUGAAGGAUAUCAGUACGAUAUAGCUGAAUUGAGGAGGAUUCAUCCUGGAUUAAUGGACGUAGAAACCUGGUUAAGAGAGAAGAGUCGGUUUGAGAAGAAGGCGUAG